CUUACCUCCUCCAUCCUCUCCCUCGCCGCCUCUCCUCGCCGCCGCCUCUCCGCCCUCCUCACCUCCCCCGCCGCCUUCUCCCUCGCCCUCUCCCACCUCUACUCCCUCUCUCUCCCUCAAAGAACCCACCUCGUCGCCAAUUCCUCUCUCUCAUGCAUGUACUUUAAUCUCACCUUAACCCAAGAAGCAGCCGCAGGCCACGAAAGCUACUACAACGGCCUCCAAGGCCCCUCCUAAGAGGGAGCCGAUGAAGAAUGCAGCAGCGAGUAAGGACGCCGUUGCGAAAUGAGCUGUGGAGGCGGCGGGGCGCAGGGGAGGCGACGGGGGGUGGGCCGCCGAGAUGAUUCUUCUGUGGUUUGUGGAGGCAACGAGGCGCGGCGCGGCGAGGUGGGUGACGGGCGAGGCGGGUGUUGGGCGGCGAGGCGCGGCGGGGGCCGAGGAGGAGGAGGUCGUCGGGGGCUCGAGACGAGGCGGCGGGGGUCGGCAGUCGCAGUCACGCUCUCGCAAACGCAGAGUGUGAGGGAGAACGAAGGCGGCAUCUAGGGUUGGGGGGGGGGGGGGAUUGGAUGUGUUUAAGAGUAAGCAAAAACGGCGUCGUUUCAUCUCGGUCGGUUAGCGUCGAUUAGCCGGUUAACCGGCUUCGAUUUAUUGGCUAACCGCUUGCCCACUUAUCCAUUCCGCCAACCGACCACCCCUCUAUUUUUUCGGUUUCCGGUUAGCCGCUAACCGGCGGUUAACGUUUAGCCCGGCUAACCGGCAACCGAAAUGACAGCCCUAUUCAUAUGUUUGAUGCACACCUUUUAUGGUACACGAUUUGGUCGUUAAUAAAUGCAAAGGGUAAUC